CUCGCCCCGUUCGUAUUCACAGGCUGCGGAGACCUGGGCUGUCUGCUGUCGUCCUGGGAGUUGGCCCAGAUAUAUGUGCAUCACGCAGUGAUCCUUUCCCCCCUAAAUUGGACUCCGCAGAGACUGGGGACAUGCCAUUGACCCUGUUGCAGGAUUGGUGUAGGGGGGAACAUCUGAACACCCAGCGGUCCAUGCUUAUCCUGGGGAUUCCUGAGGACUGUGGUGAGGAUGAAUUUGAGGAGACUCUUCAGGAGGCUCUCAGGCACCUGGGCAGGUAUAGGGUCAUUGGUAGGAUGUUUAGGAGGGAAGAGAAUGCCCAAGCAUUUCUCUUGGAGCUUGCCCAAGAUAUUGACUAUGCUUUGAUCCCCAGGGAAAUACCCGGAAAGGGAGGGCCCUGGGAAGUGGUUGUGAAACCUCGGAACUCCGAUGGGGAAUUUCUCAAUAGACUGAACCGCUUCUUAGAGGAGGAGAGGCGGACAGUGUCAGACAUGAACAGAGUGCUUGGAUCGGACACCAACUGUCCUGCUCCAAGAGUGGCCAUAUCACCCGACUUCUGGACCUGGGCCCAGACUCUGGGGGCAGCAGUGCAACCUCUGCUAGAACAAAUGUUGUACAGAGAACUAAGAGUGUUUUCUGGGAACACUGUGUCCAUCCCAGGGGCGUUGGCCUUUGAAGCCUGGCUGGAGCACACCACUGAAAUGCUGCGGAUGUGGCAGGUGCCCGAGGGUGAAAAGAGGCGGCGGCUGAUGGAAUGCUUGCGGGGUCCUGCCCUGCAGGUGGUCAGUGGGCUGCGGGCCAACAAUGCUGGCGUAACUGUGGGCGAGUGCCUGGCAGCCCUGCAGCAGGUGUUUGGACCUGUGGAGAGCCGUAAAAUCGCCCAUGUAAAAUUUUGUAAGGCUUAUCAAGAGGUAGGAGAGAAAGUCUCCAGCUUUGUCCUGCGUUUGGAACCCCUGCUCCAAAGAGCCGUAGAAAAAAAUGCAGUAUUACGAAGGAAUGUGAAUCAGGCUCGCCUGAAACAAGUCUUAAGUGGGGCUACCCUUACUGACAAACUUCGAGACAGGCUUAAGUUGAUGAAACAGCGAAGGAAACCACCUGGUUUCCUGGCACUGGUGAAGCUCCUGCGUGAGGAGGAGGAAUGGGAGGCCACUUUGGGUCCAGAGAGGGAAAGGAUACCAGGGCUGAACGCAGGCAUAGGGUCAUCUGCCAGAAACAGUGCUUUCAGAGUGUCUUUCCCUGCCCCUGGCAACGCUGUGCGGGCCAGGUCUUCCCAAGGCUCCAGGCGCAGGAGGGGCAGAGGACAACACCGAAGGGGGCGUGUGCCAAGGGCCAGCCCUCGACAUUCAGGCAAACGGAAGCACCACACAUUUUGCUAUCGCUGUGGAGAAGAUGGCCACGUCAAGGCACAGUGUAGCAACGCUCCAAACCUGCUCUUGGUAAAGCAGAAGAGACAGGCUGCAGUAGAGCCGGGAAAUGGGAACUGGGCUUGGGAAAAGAGCCACCCCAAGCCCAAGGCCAAGUAGGCUCGGGAGAACAGGGCAGCUCUUACUACAGGCCAAGGAAAUGGAAGAGUUAUUGGAAGAAGGGAAAGGGGCAGUCCACACAAACAGCAGGGUACCUGAGUGCGGCGGAGGGGCAAAGAAGCCAGGCCCAGGCUGAGCCCCCUCAUCCUCUAUCAUCUGAAAGGGACUCCACUUACCAAGCCAUAUGGGGCUCAGUGAUGGCCAAGAACAGUGCCCUGAAGAGGUGCCGGAGAUACAAUGGCAGGCAGACUCCCAACACAGCAGAGGCUGAAGAAGGUGCAGCUGGGGACCCAGUCAUCAACCCCAUCGUCUGGCCACCCCCAAAUCCCCACCCCAUGGGCUCCAAGCUAAAGAUGCCUACUGGCACCUAGGCCACAUUGGGCCUGGCCAGCCCUGCCGAAAGGAGUCGGCUCAAGCAAGGAAGAGCUGCAUAGCACAGAGGUGAUGCCCUGGAGGGAAGGCCACAUGAUCUAGCCCGUCUUCAGGAUCUUCUGCACUGCUCUAGGGGAGCCCCAAGAAGGCAGCACCCUCGAGCCACUGUGCAAGUGAAAGCCCUGGGAGCAUAGCACCAGCCUAUGGGCAGCUUCCUUCCCCUGCAGCCUGGAAGGGCUAUGGGAGCAAGGAGAGCAAAGACUGUGAGGAAAAGAUCCCUGGGCCAGAGCCUUGGCUCAGCAUGGGGAGUGGGGUGCUGGGUACCUGGCAGGCCAGUACCCCACAGCUGGCUUUGGUGUGACUGGGUGUGCAGAGAAACUUUUCUCCCAAAGCCGGAAGAGGAAGAGGAAGAGAAAGAGGAAGAGGAGGAGAAAAAUGUACAGGAGAGGAAGAGGAAGAGGUGAAGGAGGAA